UGCACCACUCUGCACUUCCCUCGUGAUCCCCCUUCUCUGUUUUGCCCUCUACAACACGACAUUAAUCUAUAGGGCCCAGUUGGGUUGGUUGGGCCUCCCUCCACUCCAGACACACACACACGCACAAAAACAACAAAAGCAAAAAACACAAAAAACAACACACAAAAAACAGAAACCGUUUUCUCAUUACUACAGCUACAAAUAUGAAAUAGCCGCCCAUUUUCUUUUUCAAAAACAAUUAUAAUAUCCCAAUCCCAAUCCCAAUCCCACUCCCCCACAUUUUAUUUUUUGAUUUUGAUCUCUCACCUAUUCCCCCAUUGACUCAUUCUAUAAAUACCCAAAAAAAUAAAAAUAGGCUCUGCAAGUUUUAAAUAAAUAUAAAAAUGAAAUGCUUCCAUUUCAGCAACGGCGAGCGACGCGACGACGAGGACGGCGCCCCCGUCGUCGUCUUUCCGAGGGCCUUGUCAAAGGUGUCGUGGACGCGUUCCCUGAGCGUGGCUUCCACCGCCAGUGCCACGCUGGACACGAGACGCUCCGAGUUCGACAACAGCAGCAGCAGCAACAACUACAACUACUACGACUCGCGACUCGGAGGUGGUGGAGACUUUUCUGACUCGGCCGUGUUUCACGAGUUCCUGAGUCAGCGCCGAGCCAACGAUCUGCGAGUGUUCAGCUUCUCGGAGCUGAAAUCGGCGACCAGAGGGUUCAGCAGGUCGUUGUUGAUUGGGGAAGGUGGGUUUGGGUGCGUCUUCAGAGGCCUCGUUAGGGUUUCUGAUUCCAAAAUCGAAGUCGCUAUCAAACAGUUGAACCGUAACGGUUUCCAGGGGCAUAAGGAAUGGAUUAAUGAAGUUAACUUCUUGGGUGUGGUCAACCACCCAAAUCUUGUCAAGUUAGUGGGAUAUUGUGCAGAAGAUGAUGAAAGAGGUAUUCAACGACUUCUAGUCUAUGAGCUUAUGCAUAACAAAAGCUUGGAGGACCAUCUAUUGGCUCGAGUUCCAUCACCUCUCCCAUGGAUGGCAAGACUGAAAAUAGCUCAAGAUGCAGCCCGAGGUUUGGCAUAUCUGCAUGAAGAAAUGGAUUUUCAGCUAAUAUUUCGAGAUUUCAAAACAUCAAACAUUCUGCUGGAUGAGGACUUCAAUGCGAAGCUCUCAGACUUUGGACUUGCUAGGCAGGGACCUCCAGAAGGACUCAGCCAUGUGUCAACAUCAGUUGUAGGGACGGUAGGCUAUGCUGCUCCAGAGUAUGUUCAGACAGGCAGGCUGACUGCAAAAAGUGAUGUUUGGAGCUUUGGGGUGGUACUCUAUGAGCUUAUAACUGGGAGACGAGCAUUGGAGAGAAACCUACCUCGGAGUGAACAGAAACUCUUGGAAUGGGUGAGACCCUACGUGUCAGACUCAAAGAAAUUUCACCUUAUUGUUGACCCUCGACUUGAAGGACAGUAUUACAUUAAAUCAGCUCAGAAACUUGCAUCCCUUGCAAACAAGUGUCUGAUGAAGCAGCCAAAGUCCCGUCCUAAAAUGAGUGAGGUGGUUGAGAGACUAGGAAACAUCAUUAGUGACACAACAUCUCAAGAUGAAGAUGGCCCGCCAGUCAUCAGUGAAGCUGAAGAAGUGAAGGAUGAAACCACAGGGGAGACUGAACCUGAGUCCACUAGACAAGGGAGCAAUUAUCGGAAGAAGAUGUUUGAUAUCAGAGAAAUGGUCAACUUGAGAAACAAAUCUUUUGGCAAGUUAGAUUGGAGAAAUUGGACACCUGGAUUGGUAAGAACUUGGUGACAAGCUAUCGGAUUCUGGAUGAAAAGAGAAUACACCCCCCAUUCUGGAAUGGACGACGGAUGUAGAUACAUUUGCGAUUCCUCUAAACACACGGAGGUUAUAUACUUUCUCUCCAUUAUUUAUAUUUGGAGUAUGUAAAUAUUGCUUAUGAGGGUAGCUGCAUUCUACACAAACAGGAGGUGAGGUGCUAGGUCGUUUGCUCUAUUAUCUGUUUUGGCGUUAGUAGUGUGCAAAUGAAUAUGAUGCUGUCUAUCCUCUUCCUAUACACACAUUUUCUGUGUGUUC